AUGCUGCCUUACCUGUUCCCUGAGCUGUCCACCUUUACUACAGUCGCCGAUCUCAUCACCCACCUUCGCACUAGUGACGCUCGCCUGCGUGCCGCCCUUCCCACCGAGUUCUGCGCUAAGAACCCCCCUCCACUGUACUGGACGCUCCAUUUCAUAGUCACCCGUCUCCAUGACGCCCUCAGCUCAGUCCGAGACUACUUCCUUGCCCGCUGUCCCACUGAGCUCACAGUCGCCCUCCUAGAGGAGAAGCUGCUAGCAGCCGAGAAGAGCAUUGUAGCUGUAGGUGCUGCUCGUGGCGCUCCUCGCACCCCCAUCUUUGAGGGGUGUUCUCCCUCUCCCCUCGCUCCCUCCUACGCUACUGCUGCUGCUGUUGACCUCCUUGGUGCUGAGUCUGCUGGCGCUGCUUCUGCUCCUGGUGGGAGGCGCCGCACCGGCAAGGGCAAGGGGGGCAAGGGUGGCAGGGGUGGCGCUGGGGGGGGAGGUGGUGGGGGAGGUGGGGGAGGAGGCGGUGCUGGAGGGAGCGGUGGCGGGAGUGCUGGUGGGAGUGGAGGCAGCGAUGGGGGCGGGGGCGGCGGCGGGAGUGGUGGCAGCGGUGGCGGCGGUGGCAGCGGCGGUGGCAGUGGUGGCGGUGGCGGCGGCGGCGGUGGCGGUCGGAGCGGCGGUAGUGGCGGCGGUGGUGGUCGUAGUGUCGGCCCCAGCUCGGGCCAGACCUCUCAGCAGCAGCAGCGUCCUCAGACGACCCAGCAGCUCCGUGAGUGGCUUGCUCAGCGUGGGACGUCGGGAGGCAGUGGUCGCUGUUCCUAUGUCAUUCGCACAGGUGAACGCAAGGGGCAGAAGUGUGGGAGGUUCCACACCCAGUACCGCUGCUUCUCCCGCCUUGAUGACGCUUGGCGUGAGGAGAUGGGCGAGGAGGUUGAGCGCCCCCGCUGGGCUGAUCUGAUGAGGGCUGGUGUUGAUAUCUUUGCUCUUGAUUAUGAUGCUAUUAUUGCUGCCAUGUAUGCACUGCCUGUUCGUGCUGAGGGGGACUGUUACUUGUGUGUGCCGCCUGACCCAGGUAUAGAGCCCACUGCCCUAGGUACCAGCGAGUCUGCUCUCUCAGGUACUGUGCCUUCCGAGGCUACUCCCUUCGGUACACCCCCUCCUGCUAGCGAGUCUGAGCUCUCAGGUACUGCGCCCGCUGAGGCCUUGCACACCUUCACGCUUGACUCAGGUGCUUCCCGCUGCUUCUUUCGUGACAGUACUGAGCUCACUCCCCUCCCUGCACCAGUUCCAGUCUCCCUGGCUGACCCCUCCGGGGGUCCAGUUCUUGCACGGUCUACCACUGUGCUUCCCUGUCCGGCGGUUCCGUCUGGCUCGUUGUCGGGUUUCCACCUCCCCUCGUUCUCUACGAACUUGGUGAGCAACGCUGUUAUCCAGGAUCACUGGGUUGACACCUUCACCCCUGGAGGACAGCGUGUGGCGAUCCUCACGUGCUCCAGGACUGGCCGUCACCUGGCUACGUUCACUCGUCAGCCGGGGUCGAGUCUCUACACACUGACCACUGUGUCUCCUCAGGUCGCUGCUGUUGGUCAGGUGUCUGCGUCAGGUCUAGUAGCCCACCCCUGUGAGUGUCGCUCCCUGUCGCACCAGACCCUUCUCUGGCACCACCGCCUGGGUCACCCCUCCUUGCCGCGCCUUCGUGGCAUGCACCGUCGUCACCUUGUGUCCGGUCUUCCCCGGUCUCUCCCUCCCCUCCCUGCCUCGCCUGCGCCGCCUUGCCUUCCUUGCGUCGAGGGGCGGCAGCACGCCGCUCCUCACUCCUCCUCGUUUCCCCCGACAGAGGCUCCACUGCAGACGCUCCAUCUGGACGUGUGGGGCCCAGCCCGCGUCCGUGGACAGGGCGGUGAGCGGUACUUUCUGCUGGUUGUCGACGACUACUCGCGUUACACCACGGUCUUCCCCUUGCGCACCAAGGGUGAGGUCCCUGCUGUUUUGAUCCCUUGGAUCCGCACCGUUCGUCUCCAGCUCCGCCGCCGGUUCAGGACAGAGCUUCCUGUCCUGCGUCUGCACUCUGACAGAGGUGGUGAGUUCUCCUCUGACCUCUUGAGGGCCUUCUGUCAGGCGGAGGGCAUCGAGCAGUCCUUCACGCUUCCGGGCUCCCCGCAGCAGAAUGGGGUUGCUGAGCGCUGCAUUGGCCUGGUCAUGGAGGUCGCUCGUACCUCCUUGGUUCAUGCGGCGGCUCCCCAUUUUCUGUGGCCGUUUGCUGUCCGGUACGCUGCGCAUCAGCUCAACCUCUGGCCCCGUGUCUCCUUGCCGGAGACCUCGCCCACACUGCGUUGGACGGGGGAGGUCGGCGAUGCGUCGCGCUUCCGGGUGUGGGGUUCUCGUGCCCUUGUCCGCGAUACUUCCGCGGACAAGCUCUCCUCCCGCACACUUCCCUGUGUCUUCCUUGGCUUUGUCCCUGACGCGCCAGGCUGGCAGUUUUACCACCCCACCUCGCGCCGGGUCUUCGCCUCUCAGGACGUCACCUUUGACGAGUCGGUUCCUUUUUACCGUCUCUUCCCCUACCGCACUGCCCCGCUCCCCCCCCCGCCGCUCUUCCUUGCUCCAGGUCCCCCUCCGGUCGACCCCCUUCCCCCUCAGGGUCCUGCUCCUUCAGGUGUCUCUCAGGUAGACCCUCCUCCCGUCGCUGAGCCUGUCGAGGUCACAGGGUGUUGA